AUGAUUUGUGGGGUCUGUUUUGUUGCUUUGAGUGGAUAUUAUAUUUAUGAACUUUCAUUUUCCAUUCGAGAAGGAGAACAAAUCUUUAAUCUUAUUGUUAAUGCAUUAGCAGUUUUAGUACUUAAUUUCUUAAUGAUUACAAUGUGGCUUGCAUGUAUCUUUGCAAAUCGAAAAAUGUUUCUUAAUGUGUUUAUCAUAUCAGGAACGUCUGCUGUGGUUACGAUUAUUCAAUUUGUCCUUAGCAUUAUUUUAAGAUCAAGUUGUAAUAAUGAUAAUAAUUAUGUUGGUUAUCAAGCUUUUUGUGAUACCUUUGCCAAUUUCUCUUGGAUGGCUCCAGUCAUUAUUACUUUUGUAUUGGAUGUAUUAACUGCUAUUUUUUCAAUUAUCCGUUUCGCUUUCUACAGAAAGUGGGAGUGGGACUAA